AUGACUCAUGAAAUUUACUCAUAUUCAUUAGAAGAUCUUGAUAAAUUAGAACAAGAUUUAAAAUUCCCUAAAUUCAAUGCUGAUAUAGCAUGGCAAUUAGGUUCAUUAGCUCGUUCAUUAGCCCUUAAAAAAUAUCCUCAAAAACCAAUUAUUAUUAAUAUCACAUUACUGAAUGGUCAUAAUUUAUUUCAAACUGCUACAAUUAAUGGUACAAUUUUAGAUAAUGAUAAAUGGGUCAAUCGGAAAAUUAAUACUGUGAUUAGAUUUGAAAAAUCAAGUUUUUAUAUUGGUCAAAAAUUAAGAAACAAGAUGAAAUCAUUAGAAGAAGCAAAUUUUAUAUCUUCAAUUGAUUAUGCAACUCAUGGUGGUAGUAUUCCUUUAAGGUUAAUUAAUUUUGAUGGGAUUAUUGGUGCUUUGACAAUUAGUGGAUUAGCACAAGAAGAAGAUCAUUUAUUUGCCAUUGAAGUUGUUAAACAAUUUCUUGAAACUUUAAACUUGAAACAAUAA